AUGUCAGCAGAGCCCGGCGAAAAGCAUGACCGCACCGGCGGCGGCGGCAGCAGCAGCAGCAGCAACUGUGCGGCCGCGCAAUCUACGAAGAAGUCGAAAAAGCGGCAGCUGCAGCCGGAGCGGCCCUUCGUAUUCGAGAACUACCCGUCGCGGAAGGUCGCACUGCGGCUGGCGUACCACGGCCACCUCUACGAUGGACUGGCGAAGCAAGACGAGACGCCCAAUACAGUGGAGGCGUACGUGGUGACAGCGCUUAAACGUGUUCGAUUAAUCCCGCACGACGGCCCCGGCGAUCUCUCUCGUUGUGGGCGCACCGACAAGGGCGUCAGUGCACUCGGCAACGUCUUCUCCCUCACGUUGCGGGCCUCCUCGUGGCCGACCGACGCGCCGCAGAAGCCGCCACUCGACUACUGCGCGAUGCUGAACAACGUGCUGCCGCUCGCGAUACGGAUUGUCGGCUGGGCGUACGUCGACAACACCUUCGACGCCCGCUUCUCAUGCACGGCCCGCACCUACCGGUACUACUUCUGCCACCGCGGCCUCAACCUCGACGCGAUGAGGGAUGCCACGGCCCGUCUUGAGGGCGUGCACAACUUCCGAAACUUCUGCAGGACUGACGUUGUGAAUGUGAGCAACUACGAGCGCCACGUGCGCCGCUCUGGCAUCUUUAUGAGUGAGACGAUGCCAGAGCUGGUGUCGUACCUCGAGAUCCACGCUAACUCCUUCCUGUACCACCAGAUCCGCUGCACCAUGGAGGUCCUCUUCCUCGUUGGUCGCGGGCUCGAGGAGCCGGGGGUUGUGACAGCGCUGCUCGAGCGCGGCGACUGCAAGCCUGUCUACCCGCUCGCGGACAGCACGCCGCUCGUUCUUUGGGAAUGCCAUUUUGAGGGUAUUGAGUGGAACAUCUCCCACCGCGCAUUCCUGGCGGCGGAGUCCCAACUGCAGGACAUCGCGACGGCGCUGCUUCUGCGUGCCGCGGUGUCGAGCUCCAUGCGGUCGCAGCUGUUCGCGUGGUACGAUGGGUGCACCGACUCGGACGGCGCAAUGGUGGUACGGCAGCCGCAGCAAGAUGAGGUGUAUACCGCGGACAGGUGGUCAGCGACCGGUAGCGAUUGGACAGAUGAGCGCACGCAUGUUAAUCUGCGCGUGCGGAAGUAUGACCUACACACGCUAUCAAAGCAGGUGGAGGGCGGGACGACGGGGCCGCUGACCAGCAGGCCGUAUACGAAGCUGCUAGACCGUGAGACGGAGCGGACCUUCGACGAGGAGGUGCAGGCCCUCAGCGACAAGAAGCGGGCUCGCUUCGAGAGCAACAUGGAGAAGAAGAGGCAGUAA